UACCUGUGUCUUCUGACUCUGCUACCAGAGGGAGACCGAAGCCCGCAUUCCCAGAUUUAUUAUUAGGGUUUUAAGCAAUGGGAAAAUGGCUGAUUUUGAUUUGAACGGACCAUUUGGAAGAGAGAGGAAGUUUUGGCUUUACUGCAGAGUCUGAUCAGUGAGUUGAGUUGACUGGGUGAUGGGUUCGGAUUUUGGGGUCUCCCCGGGCUCAUUCUUUGUCACGGGAAACCUCAGUUGGCUGUGAGAGAGAGAGAGAGAGGCAUUGGUGGUUGGGGUUCCGGAGGUAGAGAGAGAGAGAGAGAGAGAGUGAGAAAUGGAGGAGGACGAGGAUAUGGAGGUUGAGGAAGUGUAUUUGGUUCAUGAGGUUGAUCUUGAUUACGAAUAUGAUGCGCCCCGGUACUUUGAUUUCACCCGGGAGGAGAGCCCUGCGGAGGCGCGUCAAGUAGAGCGGUGGUUCGAGUCCGCCAAGUGCUACCCGCCUUCUCCAUUUGCAGCAAAGUUGCUUCAGAGAGAUGACCUACUUUUGGAAAAUGAUGAUAAGAUCUCUCCACAUUGCGAGGAUGUGGAGUUUGCUGCUAUGGUCUCCGAUAGUGAAUCUGAUCGUGUCUGGGCAGUGCAUCAAGCGAUUCAAGCAAGUAUGAAAGGUGAAGUGAAAGAUUGCCGAGGAGCUCAGGGAAGAAUAUUUGGUAUCAUGCAGAAUGAAGGUGUGCCAGAAGUUCCAAAUCGCCCCACAGAAUUAUCCAAAGGAUCGAGAUUCUGUAAUCAAAUUCUCUCUGAAAUAUUGAAGACUAAAGCUAAGAAUGCUGCCAAGUCUAGGAGCUCAACUUUAAUGAAACCCACAGCAAGCAUGUUGGCAAAGCAUAAUCAACCUUCCCAAGUCACCAGCUCAAGGUUCAAUAUGCUGCCUGGUCAACUAAAUCAAAGGAUCACGUCUAUUUCUGGCACUGAAAGGCAGGCUGCCAAGAGGCAGAAGCUAGAGGGAGGUCAUUUAUUCAAGGUCGUGGAAGAAAAACAGCCCCUUAGUUUGGUCCACAAGGCACCUAAAAAGGAUACUCUCUUUGAGAAGACCCCUCAUCAAAAGCUAAGGAUUACCAUUCCAAGGGAGCCUGAUCUUGAAACAGCUCAACGGGCCCAAAGGACGAGGCUCAAAACCAGUAGUGAAAUGGAAGAAUCAGUGGUCAAUGUACGGAGAUUUAAAGCACGCCCAUUAAAUAGGAAGAUUCUUGAGGCUCCUCAACUUCCUCUCUCACAAAAGAGCACUCCAAGAAUGCCAGAGUUUCAAUUAUUCCAUUUGAAGACCUCAGAAAGAGCUAUGCAGCAUACUCCGGCUUCCUUGUCAUCAUCAUUGUAUUGCAACGAAUCUGACAAGGAAUUACACAAAGAUGGCAGGUUUUCUGUAGCAGAAAAUGGAAACAAAGCAGCGGGAAGAAUAUCUGCAUCAGCUACAUUGAGGCAGGAUGGGUCUCAAUUUUUCAACUUCAAAGCUCAUCCCCUUAAUAAGAAGAUAUUGUCGAGUAAAGGAGAUAUGGGUGUCUUCAGAAAUACCAAGCGUGGAACUACAGUACCUAUUGAAUUUAAGUUUCACAUGGAGAAGAGGACUGAGCAUGAUCUUUCCGCUGAACUGUUCAGCAAGCUCUCCUUGAAAUCUGAACUCCAGCCAAGUAAUCAGCCGAUGAAAUCGCCUCGGCCUCCGUGCUCACGUGUGAAGGGCUCAAAAGAAAAUAGAUUCAGCUCUGUCCCACAUAAGCAUGAGGUAGCACAUUCCAUCAAAGAAAAGCUGCCUCCAUACGGGCGGAAGCAAUUCAACCAUGGAAUCCAUGAAGCUGGUGGAGCAGUUGGCCCGAAUUUGGGCAUGAGGAGUUUGGACAUUCGAUGAAAUUUGAAAAAGCAGGCUUUUUUUCUCAACGAAACUCGGAGAUUAUACAGAUCCAGAAUUAUCUUAUCGAUGGAAGGUCGAUGGAUUAAGUUCCUGGAGUUGGUCACGCUUAUCAGAAAAAUCAAACUGCUCUGAACUGCACUGGAAGAUCGAACCGACUCAGAAAAAGAGAACCUCUUCCAAAGGAACUCGUAUUCCUUGAAGUUAGCUUGACGUCGUGUUCAUCCCAGAUAGGUAGUCAAUAUAGAUGUAAUGAGGUAAAUUUGCUGUAUAGACAUUUUCAGGCCGAUUCAUGUUGAAACUGUUCGAUGCAAGGCUACCGUUUACUCGGUGAGAUCGGUACAACCAAUUGAAUGGAAUUAUUCUUUAGAGGUCAAAUUUGUCCCAUCGGGCUGCUGCUUGGGAUUACCAUUUACAUGAGAUGACAAUUCAAGUUC